AUGGAGCGGAACGCGCGGGAGGCGUGCGAGGAGCGGGAGAAGGCGGAUGCAGUCAAGGCGGCGCAAGCAGAAGCCGAUGCGGCCACCAAGGCUCAGGCCGACGCCGCGACCAAGGAGCAGGCGGACACGGCGGCCAAGGAGCAGGUAGACGCGGUCGCCAAGGCGCAGGAGGCGGAGGUGGCCCACAGCCGGGCUCCACAGCUCGUCAUCCCGCUGCGUGUCAUGCCUCCGGCGCCGGAGAACAAGGCGCUGACUGGAGGAGCCGGCGACAACCAGCCAGCCCUGGAGAGGGGAGGGGGCGACCCCGUCAUCUUGGGGACAGAAGUGUCCCCGCCCACGCCGACUGCCGGCGCCCAGACCAGUCGGCCUGACGCACCGCAAGUGCCGCCAGUCGGUGGCGAGUUGGUGGUGGGUUUGACUCCCGCGAUCCGCACUCCGGUGCGGCGUCGUGCGACGAAGGAGACCUCAGCGCCGCGGCCGUUAGAGAUCGGGGCCGCCAGCUCAUCGACCCCUAAUGCCGAGGCCACCAGUGCCGCCCCGCCAGUGUGGACGCCUGGGGGCGGGACGGGUGUUUUGAACAGGGCCGCGCAGGACGUUCAGGCCCAAUUCCAGGCCCAAGGCGCCGCCCUCCAACAGUACACGAAGGCGUUCUUGGCGACGCGAACGGCCGUCCGGGAUUACCAAAACAUCCGCGCGGCCGCCUUCAACUCCCAGGUCCAGGAGCUGUCCAAGCGGACCACUGAUCUGACCGAGAGCCGGAGGGCAGCCGCCGCACUGCAGCAGCACUUGGGCGAGGUCCAGACCGAGCUGCGCGCCAAGGAGGAGGAGUGCAGCAAGGCGGCCCUAAAGGAAAUAUGCCCUAGAGGUGUCCCUUUGCCGGACGACAUGCUCGGGAAGAGCUGUCUGCUGUACCGCAGCACGAACAAGGCUGAAUUCGUAGAGAGCAUGCCUUCCUUUGAUGAGCGGGGAAUGCGCCCGGACGGCCUGGUGGGGCCUCGUGAGAACCCCGUCAACGUGGUUCCCUUCUCCGUCGCUAGCGCCGAGCUCGCCCCGGAUGUGGAUGCAGGGGGGCGAGCGCCGCCGGAGGCUGGCGGCAUGAGUGCUGGCGUGCAGAUGCCGCCUGGGGCUCCUGGGGCAUUGUCCUCAGGGACUCGUGAUUCUCCCCCUGGGAAGUCGGUUGCUGAGACGAUGCAGACCCCUUCCGUCAGGGCCGCUGUGUCCCUUGAGAAGCGUCCUCCGCCUCCCUUGACUCCCCCGCCGGCCUUGAACGUCUCGAGCCGGCAGGUCGCGCCUGGAGCAGGGCCGGCCGGGGAGGUGCGCUCGCCUUCAUGGCGCUUCGAAUCUGCGGCCUCGCCGUCCUUCCUCCACGGCCUGGCUUGGAGCUUGGCGGGCGUGCCCCGGACCCCUCCUCUGGUCAUGGACAGUAGCUGGUUAGCUUUGGUCUUCAGUUCCUCUUCAAGCAGCGGGCCCCGACUGGCCGGGGCCCCUCGUGAGGCCGGGCCGGCGCCUAGGGCGGCACCAUCCCCCAGCCCUCUGUCGAGAGGGGGGGCGCCGCUUCACAUCCCGCCUGUAACCCCCGUGGCAGAGGACGAGGUGGGCCGCGCAUUGGAGUUCGAGCACGGGCGGAGCGUCGUUCGCCACGAGCUCUUCCAGGAGGCGAUGAGCGCGAUGAACCGACUUAGCGGUGAACUUACGGAUGUCGACGCAAAAGUCUGA